GAAAAAUUAAAAAAAUUUUAUUUCUGGUUGAGAAAGAAAAAUGGCAAGCCCAACGGGAAUGGACGCCUCCGACGAUGUGAAGUUUCCGGCGGCCGACGCCGAAGGGGAAUUGAAUCCCGGAAGAGACAAGAAUUUAAAGGUGGAUCCAGUGUCUGCUCAGGUGGCCACCUCACUGGAGGUCAAGGAGAAAGCAGAAAUGAAAAAGGAAGAGGAGAAGAGGGACGCAAUUCAGACGCUGAAAACGGUGGUCAUAGUUUCAGGGGUGAUCGCUGCGGUGGCCGGAGCCGCCUUUGUCAUUACCAAGAAGUUGAAAGAGAAAUGAGUGCCCAGCAGACCGCCGCCGGCCGCCGGUUUGCAACUCCGCCCACGACCGGCCAAUUUUCUGUAUAUUUUUUACGUUAUUUUUUCUCUUUUUCUUUGAAAAAAAAAAAGAAAUUAAACUCGAGAAGGUAUUUUCUUCGAGAUUACAGUGCCUUACAUGGGCAUUAAUUCCUGGAAUUGUACAUGAUUUUAUUUUGUUUUGUCCAGAAAUUAAAUAUGGUAAAAGAUAAAGAUGAUGUUA